AUGGCGACGAAGGACACGGCGACAACAGCGACGAGGAACACAGCGACGACGGCGACGAGGAUUGGCCAGAGAACGGCCACGACGACAGCACUUCGGGGGGAUGAAGUAGCCCCUGCCAACAUUGACGAGGACAAAUGGUGGAAUCGGCCGGUUGGGAGCGACGACGAAGUGGAAGAGUGGCAGGCUGGUGAUUCAAACAACGACGAGGGUGCCGAUGCUGAUGGCGAGCACGCGGAGGCAGCUGCGCAUGCAACGGGAGCAACGGGCGAUGGCGUUGCGGAGGCUGACGGUGAGGUGGAUGCGGAAGCGAGGACGACGACGGUGGAGGCGGAUGCGGAGGCUGACGACGAGGCAGAGGCGGAAGCGGAUGCCAAUGCUGUUGCGCCCGCGAAUGUGGUCGCAAUUGCGGAUGCGGAUGCUGCGGAGGGAGGUGCCGAUGACGACCCGUGGAGCAUCACAGAUGACAACAAUGUUCCGCUUCUGAAGCGGAGGCUGUGUCAUCGCCUACAGUCCAAGCCGAAGCGUGCCCGCGUGGUGCUCUCUGAUGACGACAGUCCUGGGGAGGAGCUUCAACCGCGCAUCUCUGUUGCAGACAAGGGGAAAACCAAGGUCGCGGAAGCCCCUGCUAAGGCCACGGUUCAUCGCCACCCAAGCACCAAGAAGCGGAAGAACGACGGCGACCCCGUAUCCAGCACGGGUGCUACUAAGAAAAAGAAGAAGGGGCCAAACAAGGACGACAUCAUGGUCAAUGGGGCGCUCGGCAGCAACGAUGACUACGCGGAGGCGGCAGGCCCGAUUCCUUCGUUCCCUGAGAAGGCGCAGCCGAAAGACGCCACCCUCCAUAAUCCCAACUCCCAUCCACCUUCCCCUCAUAGCAAGGACAGUAAGAAAAGGUGCCGUAGACAGACCAUACGCGAGAAGCUCAAGAAGGCGCGCCACUACCAGGAGCUCGGCUCCUUGAAGAAGACUUCCUUGGAAUCUACCGCAUCUAUCGCCUGCAUCAGACGCUGGAGUCGCUACCCUUGCCUCUGUCCCACCCGCACGGAACCUGCGGAGGCCUCCGCACCCCGUGGUGCUGCAGUGGAUCGCGGAGGCGUGGCUGUCACACUAUAA